GGGUGCAUGGACCCAACUUCCGUGUUCUACGACAAAGAUGCCAACAUUGCGACAUCCGAGUGCAGUGAAGGCGAAGCGCAAUUCAGUGAGACAACAAGACUACCACUGGGAGGAGUGUUCCAGAAAUGCCAUGGUCCAAGUGAAUUGUGCAAUACACUAACCGUAGUCAAUCCGGCUACAGGGAACUUUACCUGUUCCCCAGGAUACUUUGAAGUACGACUGGUCGCGGCACAAGUGCGCAGCUGUUACAACCAAUGCCACCGCUCUAUCUGGGGUACCCCUUUACAAUGUCAUCAGGAGUGUGCAGUUACCGAAUCGUUUUGGUGUUCACAGAAUCCAAGUCUACCCGAUGCACCUGAGGUCGAUGAGGAUUUUGGGUUCAUGUUCGCAGGUUUGUACACCGACAAAGAACCCAAUUCUAUCACCCACCGCUUCUCGUGUCCUGAAUAUAGUUGGCCAAUUGCUGUGGGACGCAAGAUGCGCAUCUGCUUGUCUGCAGACAGAGAAUUGGCUGGAAAGUAUGGAAUCCCUUUUGGUGGCUUCUACAGCUGUCGUGAUGGCAAUCCGCUUGUCACCGUGUUGGACAGAAACGAAACGUCGCCAGAAGGAAGAAAGGCGUUCCAAAAGUUGCUAACCCAGUUAAACCAUUUCGUUACUCACCAAGGAAGACCAAUUCUACCUAGAAACGAUUCUCGUGCACAGCGCAUGUCAGAGUACCAACAUUUGUUGGCUCCCAUCUGGCCCAAACGCUGCCCCAAGGGAUACACUAGCCAUUUGGCCUCCAUGGAAGAUGCAUGCCAGAUCAACUUCUGUGUUCCAGCGAACAGAUUGAAAAGGACACGCAAGCGCUAUCUGAAACGACCUCCAUUUGUGGAUCCGCCAUCAUUUUACGAAGGCUCGAAUCCGGUGAGCACAGUGAUGAAAUCAAAAACAAUUCCGAAUUCCCUGCCCGGGCCUCACGGAGAACAACUUGAGAGGGUGGACGGCGUCUGGGUGCGGAAAGGAUCCAUGAGCAGUGGAACCGCUGAAACAAAGCUGCGAAAUGAGAGAAUCAUUACUAUCAUACUGGGAUGCAUAAUCGCCGUAUUAUGCGCAGCAAUGCUCGCAGUUGUGGUUCCAACAAUAGUGCACAAAAGAAAAAUAACAAGAUUGAUCCCUAGUUAAUUCAUUUGUUUGGUUGUAUGAGGAAUAUCCUGGUGCAAAUGCU